AUGGUGGAGCAGAGAGCAUCCCCAUCUUCCCCAACUCACCUCUUUUGGAACCAAAACAUAGAAACCCUCCUUACAUCCUUACCCCAUAAUCCACUAAGAGGGAGAGAUGGAAAGUUGGCUGGCUCCCAUGAGGCAGACGACGCCCAAGCCACUGGUGCUAGGGCACUGGCUCUAGGCGAUGCUAGAUCAGUUUUCAAGGGUGAUUCUAGAUUAGCUGCGAAGGAUUUGGUGGAGAGAGCUUCAAUAGACGGUGUGCUAGGAGAAGGUUCCCUAAUGGAGAGGAUAGGGGCAACGCCCAUGGGAGAGAGAGGGGCAACACCCAUGUGGGAGAGAGAGGGGCUACUAAGGCGCUGGUGGGAUGCCCAAGGGGAAGGAGCCUAG